GUCGAGUGGCGGCGUUUUUUUCCGUGCAAUACUUGCCUUGCAUAAAUUAUGUUCAUGACGUAGUGCAAAAAGACAAUUUUGUAUUAAAUUUGCGGGACUUUUCUGCGGAAAGCCUUGGUUUCGGUGUGCACGAAGGUGUUUGGUGUUCACCCAAGCUUCAGGUAACGGAGGAACCGUCAUUAAAUAUUAAGGGUAGGAGGUUGUACGUGCUGCCGACCCUCUUUAUCAAUGCAAAUGCAUCUUUUGUGUGCUGUCAUAGCGCCUAACUGCAAGCUGUGAGAUGAAUUUUUAAUUAUUCGGCUUAUAAACAAACUGUGCCUAAGCUUCUGAAAAGAGGAGUCGCUCCCCCAAAAAACCUGAAUUAUUUUCGGGACUACAUCCUCCUGCAUCGAUACCUGAAGAGGCUAGCUGAAGGCUACACUGUUGUAGUCUACAGUUUUGUUAGAUUUGCACAUGGAGUGUGACAAAUCAGGGGCUGUUUAAGUAUGUGGGCACAGUGACACCUGGGUGGUGUGAGUUAGGCGCUAUGGACCCGGAGGAGCUGUCUGCUAACGAAGGCUCCCUCACCGUUAACGAACAGCCGUUAGGUUCCUGCACUUUGAAAUUGCCUGCCCGAGACAACCAGGUGAUUGUGAUGUCGAGCCAUGAGACGAUCCGCGUGCUCGAGGUGGAGGUGGACGCGUCUCUGCCCGCCUCCGGGGCUGAUGGGAAGCGGGAGGCCGGGGGUGAGGAGGGGGAGAACCUCCCCCUGGAGCCCAGUGAGGGAGGGGCCCAGGACCUCCCCACACAGCCGUGUAACAGCGGUGGAGUAGUGUUGGCCGAUGGAGGCGUUGCCGUGGAAACAUCAGCCCCUGUGGUCCAGACGGUGGCCCCUGCUGGUGCCAUCAGCGUGUCCCUGGCGCAGCCCCAAACGGCUAUGCCCAUCACCGUGCAGGGCUGCCCACAGGUGCUGACCCAGGACAGCUUGGCCACCCUGAUGACGGGGGUGAUGGCCCAGCCCGGGUCUCUGGGCCAGCCGGUCCUGAUCCCGCUCAGCAUGGCGGGCCCCAUGGGGGGUCAGGGGGGUCUGGCUCUCAUCACCAUCCCCACGGCAACCGUGGCAACCCUGCCUGGGCUCACAGCCGCCACUCCCGCUGGAGGUGUCCUCAAACUGCCCCUCGGCCUGCAAACCGCCACGGUGUUGAACACGGUCCAGCCUCAGAUGCACACGGCGACGCAGGCCAUCCUGCAGCCUCCGGCCACGCCCACCCCGGGCGUGGCGCAGGUGGUGACCACCUCCGUCGCUUCUACCGUGCCCAGGGUCUCCGAGGCGACCGUAUCCAUGGCAGCUCCGCAUACGGCGGGGCUGACUAUCAAUCCCGCCAUUAUCAGUGCAGCCUCUCUGGGGGCCCAGCCUCAGUUCAUAAGCUCACUGACGACCACGCCCAUCAUCACCAGCCAUCUCUCUGGUAUGGCGGGCCUCACCAGCCAGAUCAUCACCAACGCACAGGGACAGGUGAUCGGGACCCUCCCCUUCCUCCUAAACCCCACCUCCCUGGCGGGCGGGGCUACUGCCCCUGCCCUCUCCUCUCAGAGCCUGCAGGUCCAGACUGUGUCUCCCCAGCUGGUGGUGAAUGCCCAGGGCCAGAUCAUCGCCACCAUUGGAAAUGGCCCCGCCUCCACCGCCACGUCCGCCACCGUCCUCCCCAAGACCUCCGCACCCCUGACGCUCGCUAAGCCCAACACUCAGGGGCCCGUGGUGACCGUGACACAGCCUCCCGUGGUCAUCGCCCCCCAGCCCUCUGCGGUGAAGACGGUCACCUCCCUCUCCGCCCCCGUCCCCAUUGCCUGCGGGGACUCCCCCACGGUGGGCCAGCUCGUCAGCAAGCCCCAGCAGGGAGUCGCAGAGGAAGAGGGCAUUAAUCUGGAGGAAAUCCGUGAGUUCGCCAAGAACUUCAAGAUCCGCCGUCUCUCCCUGGGGCUCACGCAGACGCAAGUGGGACAGGCGCUCACUGCUACAGAGGGGCCCGCCUACAGCCAGUCUGCCAUCUGCAGGUUCGAGAAGCUGGACAUCACGCCCAAGAGCGCGCAGAAGCUGAAGCCGGUCCUGGAGAAGUGGCUGGCGGAGGCGGAGCUGUGGAACCAGAAGGGGCAGCAGAACCUGAUGGAGUUUGUGGGCGGGGAGCCGUCCAAGAAGCGCAAGAGGCGCACCAGCUUCACCCCGCAGGCCAUCGAGGUGCUCAACACCUACUUCGAGAAGAACGCCCUGCCCACGGGCCAGGAGAUCACCGAGAUCGCCAAGGAGCUCAACUACGACCGCGAGGUGGUCCGCGUCUGGUUCUGCAACCGGCGCCAGACCCUGAAGAACACCAGCAAGAUCAACGUCUUUCAGAUUCAGUAACGGAGCGGGGCGGGGUUUGGGGGCGGGGCGGGAUAGGGGGUGAGGAAGGGGAUUGGUGCUCCGAUGGAGCGGCAAAGGAGUCGCAGCUGGAGGUCGAUGGGUUUUCUGAAAGUGAGGAGGCGGGAUUUACUGCUUGCGGGAGGCGGGAUUUAAUUUGUGGGUGGCGCUCGUGAAGAGAACACAGCCCAAGAUGAAGGAUAGACGUGCGUGUGGACAAACGCGGAUUGCUCUUCCUAAUCCCCAGUUCGGGUUCCACCAUUUUCACGAAGGAGAUCUUUUUGGGGGAUGAGGAAGGGUGAAGAAGGGUGAGGGCUUCUAUUGGUUUUUAGCCCGUGUGGCAAUUUUAUAGUGACAAUCUUGUCAAGCCAGUCUGAGGGGAAUGUAACGCACGUGUUUUUAUGUGGGAACCUUCUCAGCCUGAGAUUGGCAUAACAUGGCAACCAGUGGGAUCCAAAUUUGGCCUUGUAUAGGAAGGAAGAAAAGUAUGCUACAACCGCUGCUGUUUCACCGCUGAGGUAAAUGGUCAUGGUGGAGCAUGGGUAAAGAAAGGCAGAAAGUGAAAAUCCAAAUCGAACCUCUCCUUCCCCGUACGGACGUCGAGAAUUUCGAUCUCCUGCGUACAUUUUGUAUUUUAACCUUUUCCGAUAUCAGUUUCACUAUGUUUGUGUCACGUCGGUGACUUUUGAAAAGCUGAUUGAAUUGGAAGUGGAGCAUGCUUUUAUUUACCUUGUUACAAUUACCUGACAUUUUAUAACGAUUGUUUCAUCAAUAUAAUAAGUAAUGCCGAUCUGUCAUGUUAAACAGAGAUCGGCAGUCACAGUGACUUUUCCAUCCAUCGACGAGAGAAAGUUAUGCCAUAUUUUGUUGAGUCUCGGUGCUUGCAAUGUGAGGAAAUGUAUGGUGCAGAUGGUAAGUGUGGCAGAAGGACAGUGUUCAGCAGUGGGGGGCAGAGCGAUUUGCAUAAGCCAUGCCAUUGGUUGCUUCUGGCAGGCAUUACAAACGAUGUCAGAACCAGCCAGCCAAUCAUGCUGAAG